CAACUGCCCGAGCUCUAAGUGGAACGUCAUGUGUCGCCCGUGCUGCGAGUACGACCUGAUCCGGUGUCGGUGUCCCUCCAACGGGGCCAAGGUGGGCUACACGGUGCCCUGCUGCCGCAACGCUGUGGAUCAGUGUGACCCUUGCAUCAUUCACCCAGGCUGCAGCCUUUUUGAGAAUUGUAAAACCUGCCACAACGGAACAUGGAGAGCUAAUGAUGACUUCUUCGUCAAUGGAAAGUAUUGCACAGAGUGCCGAGAAGGCUGGAGCGGAGGGGACUGUAAAACGUGUGGAGGCGUCCUUCAGCGAGCUCAGGGUCACGUAGCCCUGGAGAGUUACCCAACCAACGCCCGGUGCGAGUGGACAGUGCAGGUGGGGAGAGGCGGCAGCGUGGAGCUCAGGUUUUCGCUGCUCAGUUUGGAGUCCGACCACAACUGUCGCUACGACUAUGUGGAAGUGCGAGACGGCGACGACCUGAACUCCCCCGUGAUUGGCCGAUACUGCGGAGAUCGUCUGCCUCCUCCAAUCAAAAGCUCCGGGAACCUCGUGCACAUUCUGUUCGUCUCGGACGGCUACAACAACUUUGACGGAUUUGUUCUGACUUUUCAGGAGGUUUCAGUUUCUGCUACGAAGACUGCAGCGUGUUCACUGCCAGAAAAACCCCUGAAUGGAUAUUUGCUGCCUGUGUAUGGCCCAAAGGAGGAGCUUGUGUUAGUGAACCACCGGUGUCAUCCACCUUUCAUUCUGACCGGCGGCGAGCAGAGGAGCUGUCUGGCUAAUGGCACAUGGAGUGGCUCAGUCCCCUCAUGUGCAAAAGGCCAAACAAGCCCACUCCGGUGUGUCCCUCCGCCCAAAUUGCUCCACGGCUACCACAGAGCUGCUGCUGCCACAGUCGGAGGCGCAGAGACGAUUGAGUUUUUCUGUAAAAACUCCUACAUUUUGAGUGUCUGCCGAGAACCCAAAGUGUCGGAUCUUGUGCGGCAAAGUGUUGUGAAGCCACACCUGCUGACAAGACAGAGUUCAGAGCGGAGGUCAUCCAGGUACAACGAGCACGACUUGCUGUCGGCCGGCUUCAUCCCUCUGACGUCGGGCGGAGUCGCUCCGGAGCAGAUUCCUCGUGGCUUCCAUCCCGUCUACACGAGCAUCGAGUACAGGUGCGCCUCGCCGCUGUACCGAACCAGCGGCGGCUCCAGACGCACCUGUCUGAAGACCGGCAGGUGGAGCGGACGCCAUGUUUCCUGCUCACCAGUUUGUGGUAAAUUAGACACUUUCAGCAGACACAGCGUCUCCGACACUCGGUGGCCGUGGCACGCUGCCGUCUACAUCCGCUCGCCUCCCGACCACGCUGGGAGCAGCCACGGGUCCCAUGGAGGGGCCAUGCCGGACCAGCAGGGGGCCUCGGAGGAGUCCUCGUUCUGGGUGCUGGCCUGCAGCGGGGCCCUGCUGGCCCAGCGGAGGGUCCUGGUGGCGGCUCAGUGUGUGCUGGACAAGGACACGCAGCGGCUCCUUCACCCCCAGCACGUGAAGGUUGUCGUGGGCCUGCAGCAGCAGACGGCGAGGGACCUGAUGAAAGGCCCGCAUCAGCUCAGGGUUUCAGACAUCUCGGUUCACCCGGACUUUCCCUCCUCGCCGGAUGCCGACGUCGCCGUGCUCAGGCUGAAAGACAAAGCCAAGAUCAGCGAGCGAGUGCUGCCCGUGUGUCUGCCCCGAACGCAAGGAGGAGAGGUGACAGCUCAGGAGGCUUACGCUGUGAGGUGGAUUUUACCAGACAGUCACAAGCACCUGAGUCACUCGACAGCCGCGAGCCAGACGAAGCUCGUUGAGCUGAGUGAUGCAGCUCAGUGUGAGAGAGCGUUUGCUGAAGGAGGGUCACACACCGCCGCGCUCAGCGACAAUACACUGUGUGUCAUUAGCAAGGCGUCCAGCUCUCCGAGCCCUUGUAUUAUUCCAGGCAUCACGAUGGCACCAGCUGGGCUUUCGUCUGUCCUGUCGGGUCACGAGGAGGCUCGUGGAGCCUCUGGUGCGGCCUGGCAGCUCCUCGGUUUGGAGAGUUUCGAGAAAAACAGCUGCAGCCGGCAGCAGAGUCACACAGUUCAGACACGAGUAGCAAACUUCAGAGACUGGAUCGAGGAGAACAUGAAGUAGAUGUUUUUGACGGGGCGAGAUUUUCUGUCGUGUAAAUAUUCAAUCCUGCUCAAUUUUCUAAAUGUCAGAGUUGGUGGGAAUAGUGUGGAUGGCACAUGAGAGGCAGAGAGCGUCGCAUCGGAGGUGUUUUCUACCGUCUAUCCACGUCAGCGUCGUGUAAUCAUGUGAAUUGCUUUUCUCUUCUCCCAACAACCCAACAUUAGAUGACUCAGAUGCUUACGGAUGUCGGUUUGUCAGGUCUUUUUUUUUUUUUUAAAUCAGAAUACAGAUAUUAUUUUCCAAGUCUCAGUUAAAAUCAUCACAGGCAAGAAAGAAAUCUGUUUGUUGUAGGGUUUUUCUGUCUUUAAACCACCUUGACCUUCAGCACAUAAAUGAUCUGUUUCACAUAAAA